GUCCCAACCAAAGCAAAGAAACCUGGAAUAUAAGCGCCAACGUACCUGAAUAAGCUCCUUUGUUCCUGCCACAGGAACAAUCCCGCUUCAGCACCCAAGUACGCGACCCAGUCCACCCAGCGGCUACUCGAGCAUCCACCAUCUUCAACUUCUCGCGUACCUAGUCACUCUGCAAAGCAAAGCAACCAUGAUCUCCCGAAAACUCAGCAGUCUACUGCUACCACUCUCUCUCCUCUCUCUCUUCACCGAGGCAGCAACCGCCCAAAAAAUCGGCACUGGCAUCCCCGAAGUCCACCCCCGUCUCCGAACUCAGAAAUGCACCCAAUCCGGCGGCUGCAAAACCCAGCAGACGUUCCUCGUCAGCGACGCCCGGCACCGGCCCUUCCACAACACCGAAGGCGAGAUCGUCGAAUGCUCCGCCGCCAACAAGACACUCUGUCCCGACGAAGCCACCUGCGCCCAGAACUGCAUCCUUGAGGGCGUGGAAUACGGCAGCCUGGGCGUGUUGGCGAGCGACACGGCCGUGACGCUGCGCAACUACCUCUUUGACGGGAAGGAGCACAGGGGCAUCAGUCCGCGGGUGUACCUCCUCGCGGAGGAUGGCGAGAACUACGAGCCGAUCAAGCUGUUAAACCAGGAGAUCAGCUUCCAGGUGGACGCGUCCAACGUCGGGUGCGGUAUGAACGGCGCGCUGUACCUGUCCGAGAUGGACUUUUCAGGCGGGAGGAGUAAACUCAACCCGGCUGGGGCGAAGUAUGGGACCGGGUACUGCGAUGCGCAGUGUCCUAAAAGCGACUUUAUCAAUGGCGUGGUAAACCUUAAUUCCUCCCGCGUUUGCUGCAACGAAAUGGACAUCUGGGAAGCCAACUCGCGCGCCACGACCAUGACUUCGCAUCCUUGCAAUCAGACAGGCCCCUUCCUUUGCAACGGUGAUGAGUGCGAGAAGUCAGACAAGGGAGGAAGCGGUGUGUGUGCCAGGAAAGGCUGCGGAAUCAAUCCGUUCAGGCUUGGUGCCCCAGAGUUUUACGGCAAGGGCCAGGAACACAAGGUUGACACCUCCCGGCCGUUUACAGUCGUCACCCGCUUCUUGACGGAUGAAAAUUCGACGACUGGCGCCCUCAGCGAGAUCAGGAGGCUCUACAUUCAGGAUGGAAAGACGAUUCCAAGCACUUCCGAUUCAAAUAUCAAGGCUCUCACGAAGGCCAACAUUUCGCCCAGCGGUGGCAAAUUUGAAGGCGCGUUGACGGAGGGGUACUGCAAUGCUCGGGAUUUCAACGACCAUGCGCGGUUAGAUGGGUUGAAGACGAUGGGUCAGGCGCUGGGGCGCGGUAUGGUUAUGGUAUUGAGUAUCUGGAACUCUGAAGCCGACUCAAUGGCGUGGUUGGACGCCGGGAAAAACGGGCCAUGCCAGGAAGGUGAAGGGAAGCCGGACAAGAUUGCCAAGAAGACGCCGGACGUCACAGUCACUUUCUCCAACAUCAGAUGGGGCGAUAUUGGUUCGACUGCAUAAGGAGAUGCAUUGUCCGCGGGCGGCCAGGAAAAGUGAGGGGAUAACCAGCGGCACGGUUCAUCUGAUGGUCAC